CGAUUCGAUCGAAAAUUCAUUCACACAGUCGCGAUCUUGGACUUGACCACAAACGUCAGUCCAUCAAGAAAACUACGGACCAACACAAGCAAGUAACAACUCAACUCAACUCUGCCAUCCACAAACACUCGAAUCGAAGCAUCAUCCCCAAUACUCUUUCUUUGCCUUGAGAAUGCAUCCGGUUGCCUUUUUCUUGACACUUUGCGGCCUUGUGUUGGCCGUGGAUGGAUUUGCCAUUCCCACUACACGUACUACUAGCUCCCAAGGGCAAAAAUGGACGACAUGCAACCAUCGACGACAAACAUCCUUACUCCGAAGCAGCAAGGACGAAGAAAUUGCCAAAUUGGAAGAACAACUUCGGAAAUUAAAAGAAGAAGAGGAAGAACCAGUGGUCGAAGAGGAAACCGAAGAACCCGCCAUUGUGGUCACCAGCAGCGAUGACUUUGUGGGACGAGGCCCUGCCAAGAGAGCCGUGCAACCCAUGGAAGAAAUGUUGUCGGAAGCUUGGAAGGAUGGUGGUUCUUCUUCUUCUUCCGUGGAGGAAACUUCCGAAGGUGGAAUCUCCAUUCCCGCCAUAUUGGCUUCGAUUGCGUUUGUGGUGUUUGUUGGCUUUUUCUCGCAGGUACCGGUUGGCCAGGACGAUCUCAGCAAAUACCAAGCCAUCAAAACGGACACAUCCAUUGACCUGGGGGAUAUCAAUCCUGUGCGAUCAGGGGAUUUUUAGCUAGAUUGUCACCAGACUGUUGCUUUUGGCCCAACUUUUCCUCUUGCCAACAAAUAAAUCUGGAGGCCAAGAUAGAUAAUGGGGGCAGAAUGAAAGUUUAUUUGGAAACCUUGCACCAGUUCACACAACAAUCCACCAAAGCAACCCCAACAUGAGAAUUAAAGAAUUGCGCCAGUUACUUGCUACCUCCAAGACUCUUUCAUUCACAUUGAUUGUACCAAGACCGAUACAGAAUAGCUGCAAUGAACAAAACCUAAGCAGAUGCUAUCAAAAUGAAUGAUAAAUUGGAUAUUGGAUGGAACUGUAGUAGACGUUCGUUGGUUGAGCUAUUUAAAAUUAUAAAAGCUCAUGUGCAUAAGAGGAUUGUGUUG